AUGAAUGAGAACGAGUCAGUCGACGCGCUGAGGGUUAGACUGAGUGAGGCAGAUGCGGAGUGUCGGAGGCUGCGUGCUGAAAAUGCGCAGAUGAGGCAAAGACUCGAGACAACGGCGCGAAUGACUAAUACCGGUGCACCCAGUGAUGCACCUGUGAUGCGCCAUGAGACAUCAGAUGCUGCCGAUCAUCUCAUUACCGAGCUACAGCGCAGGCUCUGGGAUGCUCUUCAACGCAAUGCUUUUCUUGAGCAAAAUUCACACGCCGAACACAACGCCCUAAUACAGACAUACGAAGGAUACAUCAAGCGACUUGAGGAUGAGCUGCAUCGCUGCCAACUUCUACUGCAGACAAGCGCAAGUGGGGCUCUCUCUGCCUCUGUGGGAGAGUGA